AACUCUAUGCCAGCAGUAAUGACAAUGUUAGCUGACCACACAGCACAGCAGCUGCUGGACUUCAACCAGAAGUUAGAUAUCAACCUACUGGACAACGUGGUGAACUGCCUGUACCAUGGGGUGGGACCUCAGCAAAGAAUGGCCCAGGAAGUGUUGACGCACCUCAAAGAGCACCCAGACGCAUGGACACGAGUGGACACCAUCCUGGAGUUCUCUCAAAACAUGAACACCAAGUACUACGCUCUUCAGAUACUGGAAACAGUUAUCAAAACCAGAUGGAAGAUACUUCCCCGGCACCAGUGUGAAGAAGGAGAAGGUGUACAUUGGAAAGCUGAACAUGAUCCUUGUUCAGAUCCUGAAACAGGAGUGGCCCAAGCACUGGCCCACGUUCAUCAGUGACAUCGUGGGAGCGAGUCGCACCAGUGAGAGCCUUUGUCAGAACAACAUGAUCAUUUUAAAACUGCUGAGUGAGGAGGUCUUUGAUUUCUCCAGUGGCCAGAUGACCCAGGUCAAAGCCAAGCACCUGAAGGACAGCAUGUGCAACGAGUUUUCACAGAUAUUUCAGCUGUGUCAGUUUGUUAUGGAAAAUUCCCAGAAUGCCCCUUUGGUUCACGCCACCUUGGAGACCCUUCUGCGUUUUCUGAACUGGAUCCCACUGGGGUACAUUUUUGAAACGAAGCUCAUCAGCACCUUGGUGUAUAAGUUCUUGAAUGUGCCGAUGUUUCGAAACGUGACGCUGAAGUGCCUGACUGAGAUCGCUGGAGUGAGUGUGAGCCAGUACGAGGAGCAGUUUGUGACCCUCUUCACUCUGACCAUGUGUCAGCUCAAACAGAUGUUACCACUGAACACCAACAUUCGUCUGGCCUACGCCAACGGGAAAGAUGACGAACAGAACUUCAUCCAGAACUUGAGUCUGUUCCUCUGUACGUUCCUCAAAGAGCACGGGCAGCUCAUUGAGAAGCGCCUCAACCUCAGAGAGACAUCCAUGGAGGCUCUCCACUAUAUGCUUCUGGUGUCAGAGGUGGAAGAAACUGAGAUCUUCAAAAUUUGUCUGGAAUAUUGGAACUACUUGGCUGCUGAACUUUACAGAGAGAGUCCAUUUUCCACCUCAACAUCCCCUCUGCUGUCUGGGAACCAGCAUUUUGAUGUUCCACCACGCAGACAGCUGUACCUGCCAGUCCUUUCCAAGGUGCGUCUGCUCAUGGUCAGUCGAAUGGCCAAACCAGAGGAAGUCCUGGUGGUAGAAAAUGACCAGGGGGAGGUUGUCAGAGAGUUCAUGAAGGACACGGACUCCAUCAAUCUUUACAAGAACAUGAGAGAAACCCUCGUGUACCUGACCCAUUUGGACUAUGCAGACACAGAACGCAUCAUGACAGAGAAGCUUCACAACCAGGUCAACGGUACCGAAUGGUCCUGGAAGAACCUGAAUACACUGUGCUGGGCCAUAGGCUCCAUCAGUGGGGCCAUGCAUGAGGAGGAUGAGAAGAGGUUCCUUGUUACUGUCAUUAAGGACCUCCUGGGUCUGUGUGAGCAGAAACGAGGAAAGGACAACAAGGCCAUCAUUGCCUCAAACAUCAUGUACAUCGUUGGCCAGUAUCCACGCUUCCUCCGAGCCCACUGGAAGUUUCUCAAAACUGUCGUCAACAAACUCUUUGAGUUUAUGCACGGUGCACACAUUUUACGAGGCAGUGGGUUAUAUGAUAGGAGCCCAGACAGACCAGGCUGUCCAGGAGCACCUCAUAGAAAAAUAUAUGCUGCUCCCUAAUCAAGUGUGGGACAGCAUCAUCCAGCAGGCCACCAAGAACGUUGACAUCUUAAAGGACCCAGAAACUGUCAAACAGCUCGGCAGCAUCUUAAAGACUAACGUCAGAGCCUGCAAGGCUGUGGGACACCCCUUUGUUAUCCAGCUGGGACGCAUUUACCUGGACAUGCUCAACGUCUACAAGUGCCUCAGUGAGAACAUUUCUGCUGCUAUUCAGACAAACGGUGAGAUGGUGACAAAACAGCCCCUGAUCCGGAGUAUGAGAACUGUGAAACGAGAAACUCUGAAACUAAUCUCCGGCUGGGUCAGCCGAUCAAAUGACCCUCAGAUGGUUGGAGAGAACUUUGUUCCUCCUCUGYUGGAUGCGGUCCUCAUAGAUUACCAGCGUAACGUCCCUGCAGCUCGUGAGCCUGAGGUCCUCAGUACCAUGGCYACAAUAGUCAACAAGCUGGGGGGCCACAUUACCAAUGAGAUCCCCCAGAUCUUUGAUGCAGUCUUUGAGUGCACUCUGAACAUGAUCAACAAGAACUUUGAGGAGUAUCCAGAGCACAGGACCCACUUCUUCUACUUACUACAAGCUGUAAACUCUCACUGCUUCCCUGCAUUCCUCGCCAUCCCUCCAGCCCAGUUUAAGCUGGUUCUGGACUCCAUCAUCUGGGCCUUCAAACACACCAUGAGGAAUGUGGCCGACACCGGUCUACAGAUUUUAUACACCCUGCUGCAGAACGUUGCUCAGGAGGAAGCAGCAGCUCAGAGCUUCUACCAGACAUAUUUCUGUGAUAUCCUGCAGCACAUCUUCUCUGUGGUCACAGACACGUCUCACACUGCUGGCCUCACUAUGCAUGCAUCCAUCUUGGCCUACAUGUUCAACCUGGUAGAAGAAGGAAAAAUCACCACGACUCUAAACCCUGCCAACCCUGCCAGCAACCAGGUGUUCAUCCAGGAGUACGUGGCCAACUUACUGAAGACUGCCUUCCCCCACCUGCAGGAUGCGCAGGUGAAGGUGUUUGUGACGGGCCUCUUCAGUUUAAAUCAGGACAUUCCCGCCUUCAAGGAGCACCUGAGGGACUUCCUGGUGCAGAUCAAGGAGUUUGCAGGUGAGGACACGUCGGAUCUGUUCCUGGAGGAGAGGGAGUCAGCACUUCGUCAGGCACAGGAGGAAAAACAUAAGAUCCAGAUGUCUGUGCCGGGCAUCUUGAACCCUCAUGAGAUCCCAGAAGAGAUGUGUGACUGAAAUGUUCAGUGUCCAAACAACAAACAAGCCCUCAGUUCAGUGGGAAGCUAAGCAACCUCUCCCAUUGGCUGUUUGUUGACCAAAAUAAUGCCAAUGUAAAUGAUUACUGCGUCACUUAGUGGCCAUUUUUACAUAAUCUGUGUUUUGUAUGGAAUUUUUUUUGUGUAACAACUUUCCAGAAAUGUUACUCUCCAGUAAUGUUCUGUUGGUCUGUGGUCCAUCCAGACCCUCAAGGAGUUGGAACCAGUUGGACACAGUAAAAAUCUGAAUUGAGUUUAGUUUUCUUCACCUCCUCAUCUUUUUUCUGUCUGUAUAGAGAAGCUGUUUGUGACAAAGGGUCAGACAGAGGGAGGUGCACCGACACACUGAUGCCCCACAGUCUUGUAGGAGAAUGUGAAAGUAAGAAAAAUAAUGAAGGCUCUGAGAUGCUGCUUGGUUUUUCAGCAUCUGUUGCUUCUAAUCAAAGCUUCACCUAAAAACUGGCCUACUGUUGGCUGGACAGAACUAAAUAUGUGCAUAUCAUCCCACUUGUAUAGCAUCUUAAAUACCGUGGGAACAUUUUAUUUUUCUUAAAUAGUUUCUUUUUGUUGUGGGCGUGUGUGCAUGUGUGCUGUCGCUUAGUCCUAUGAGCGGUUUUUUGUUUUCCUCUAAGAGGAUUGUUGCUCAUUUGUGAGCUUUUAUUAAUGGGAUGUUCUACCGAAGUGACAGAGGUAUUUAUGGGUUCUUUGCUGGUUGCAUCUUUAUUAUAAUUCCUGUUUAACUCCAAAUAUUUUCAGGAUUUUCAACUGUACUAAUUUAGAUUGUUUACCAUGCAGUUGUGCUUGGAGACACUAUCUUGUAGAGCAAAUUGACAAUAAUCUUGGUUUACAUUUAAUUUUAUUUUUUACAUUAUUAUUUGUACCUGUUUAAGUUCUGUCCAAAUAAACAAAAGGUUUGGUGUCCAGAGUUGACCUGAUUUUCUAAUGAGUUCAAUAAAAAAUGGAAUGUACAAAAAUCCCAACAGGCACCCAAUAUGUAAUUGUUACUUUCCCUUCACAAGGUGUUACUUUGUUGUGAUCUUUUUGAAUUGAUUAAAGUUGAGAAUUUUUAACAAC